UGGUUCACCACCGCCGCUCUCCCGCAGCUGCAACACCUCGUCGUUCGCACCGUCCCGGCUUUUUCCGAUUUCCAUCUUUUCAACAUUUCCUCCCGUUGCCGCCUGAAGACGUUGAACCUUUCCGGCACUUAUCGCCUCACCGAUUCCGGGAUUCAAAAAGCAGCUCCGCACCGCUACAUGAAACGGUUGCGAUUCCUAGAGAUCAGCGACGCUCCCUCCCUAACGAACGCGGGGUUGGAUUCUCUAACGACCCUGCAGCGCCUGGAGACGCUGAGCCUCGAUCUCU